AGAAGGUCAGCAUCAGGAAUUACACGCCCAAGAUACUCAACCAGGAGAUCAACAUGGGCAUGUGGAUUUGACCAUAAUUUCCAUAACAAUUUUCGGCGUAAAAUGGCGAUGUUAUUGGGCCAAGUGGCGAAUUUCGCCAUCGGAUUGUCCACGAAUCCAUUGACUUUCAUCGGAUUGGUGCCCGUUUUUGCGGCGGGAUUAGCCUUCAUGCGGUACAUUUCCAUCGAUCCCGAACAACACCCAGUCAAUAUUCUAAAUGUUAGACCGGAGUACGACUUCGUGGUGAUAGGGGGCGGCUCGGCGGGGGCGGUGGUGGCCUCCAGGCUGUCGGAGAUAUCCAACUGGACGGUGCUGUUGCUGGAGGCCGGCGGCGACGAGAACGAAAUCUCCGACAUACCGUCGCUGAGCGGCUACCUCCAAAUGUCCCAAAUGGACUGGAUGUACCAGACGUCGCCGCCCGGCGAUUCGCCCUACUGCCUGGCCAUGCUCGGCGACAGGUGCAACUGGCCCAGGGGUAAGGUGUUGGGCGGUUCGAGCGUACUCAACGCGAUGGUCUACGUCAGAGGAAACCGACGGGACUACGAUUAUUGGGAGCUACAAGGAAACCCGGGUUGGUCCUACGAAAACGUGUUGCCAUAUUUCCUUAAAUCGGAGGACAACAGGAACCCGUAUUUAGCGAAAACUCCUUACCACCGAGAAGGUGGAUACCUCACCGUGCAAGAAUCCCCGUGGAGAACUCCCCUGUCAAUCGCCUUCCUCCAAGCCGGCAGGGAACUCGGCUAUCAAAUCAGAGAUUGCAACGGGGAGAUACAGACCGGUUUUAUGCUCACCCAAGGAACGAUCAGAAGAGGAUCUAGAUGUUCGACGGCCAAAGCGUUUCUCCGGCCGGUGCGCAACAGAAAGAACCUCCACGUAGCCAUGUACUCGCAAGUGACGAAAAUCAAAAUCCACCCUAAAACUAAGCAAGCCUACGGGGUGAGAUUCGUGCGAAACAAUCGAGCGCAAACGGUGCGAGCGAAAAGAGAAGUCAUAGUGAGCGCGGGGGCCAUUGGUGGGCCCCAAUUGCUCAUGCUCUCGGGAGUAGGACCGAAAGAGCAUUUGGAAUCCUUCGGUAUACCGGUUUUGAGCGAUUUGAAAGUCGGUCACAACCUACAGGACCACGUGGGAUUGGGAGGACUAACAUUCAUCAUCGACGACCCGAUUACGUUUACCAAAAAACGUUACCAAACUCUGCAAGUCGCCAUGCAGUACAUUAUGAACGAAAGAGGACCGAUGUCGUCCAUAGGAGGAAUCGAAGGCCUGGCGUUCGUCAACACCAAGUACGCCCCGAAAUCCGGCCUGUGGCCCGACAUCCAAUUCCACUUCGCCCCCAGCAGCAUAAACUCCGAUCCGGAGCAAAUACGCAAGAUCAGCGGCCUGCGCGACAGCGUCUACAACACCGUCUACAAGCCGUUGAAGAACUCCGAAACCUGGACCAUCCUGCCGCUGUUGCUCCGGCCCAAGAGCACCGGCUGGGUGCGCCUGAAAUCCAAAGACCCCAACGUCUAUCCGGACAUAAAUCCCAAUUAUUUCACGCACAAAGAAGACGUGCGAACGCUUACGGAAGGCAUCCGGAUCGCCUUGAACGUUUCCGCGUCCAGCGCCUUCCAGAGAUUCAAUUCCCGACCGCACAAGAUACCAUUUCCCGGUUGCAGGCAAUACGCCUUCGAUACGGACGAGUUUUGGGAAUGCUCCAUACGGCACUUCACGUUUACGAUCUACCAUCCGACCUCCACGUGUAAGAUGGGGCCCAGGACUGACCCCGACGCCGUGGUGGAUCACAGAUUAAGGGUGUACGGAGUCGAACGAUUGCGCGUCAUCGACGCCUCCAUAAUGCCCACUAUAGUCAGCGGGAACACCAACGCGCCCACCAUUAUGAUCGGCGAAAAGGGCGCCGAUAUGAUCAAGGAGGAUUGGGGCGUCGAAAUCGGGCGCUCUUGCGGCGGAACUUGCGCCAGUGGUGACGCGGAUAAUAGAUGAUUUGGACUUGUUGAAGGUGUGAAUGCUAAGAUUUAGGAUGUACUCGAAUGUACUUUGAUUGUAACUGGCCUUUUAAAUCUCACCCAAUGUAGCUUUGCAAUUGAAAGUCGCAUUAGUGCAAACAGGGAAGAGACUUUUAAUGCCUAAGAAAUGUCAGAUGGUACAAAUUUCCAAUGGAAAUCUUACCACCUUAUCAUCGCUUCACUAAAAUUUGUUAUAUUAGUGCAUCAACUGCUAAAAUAUUCGAAUUGCCAAGCUACAUUGGUGAGGUAUAAAAAGACUCUAAUGAAUUACAUACUUGUUAAUUUGGAGUACCUAAUGGUAUUUUAUAAAAAACCGUUGUACAAAAUAGGUGCUUUAUUAAAGCCGCAACUUCAAUAAAACUAGUCAAUGCACAACGAUUUUAUAAGUAAUUUUAAUACGAAACCAUUGUAAAUUUUAUUGUACAUUUUAAAUAAGUAUCUAUUUAUUUUUUUUAUACUUUUUUUUGUAGAUACUGUAAUAUACAUUUUAUAAUAAAAAC